ACACACAUACACAGACAAAUACAACAAAAGAGUGUGUGUACGGAGGAUGUAGACGUAUUGUAGACGAUGAAAGGAACGGGAGCACGGUCCGACCAGCUCUUCGACAUUCUGAGCUGAUGACACGCCCAGCCUGCUUGCUCUGAUGCAUUUUAAAGAUGAAAAGGAGGCACGGUCCUAUCAGCGAGACCUUCACACACGCACAUAUACAUACACGUACACAUAGAGCAAAGGAAAGCCAUAGCUACAGAUGUCUCCGUGGCGAAAAUGUAACAACCCUGAGCAGGAAACACGACAGGAAGAGGGGUGGUGAGUGUGUAAAACUUGCUUUCUAAUCUUCCUCUCUAAAACGUCAGUACCGCUGUGAAAGAUGGACUGCAACGGAGGUGCUGAGAAGAAGACUUGCGUGACUGCCGUUACUUUGGAGCUGAAGCCAUCAAGAGAUUCUCCAACUCCAGGAUGUGGGCUGAGGAGCCCGGAGAACGGGACGGCGACGGAAGACAAAGAAAAGACAGACAUGGACGCAUCGAAAGCCGUCACACCCAAGAGAAGAGCUGCCAGUGGAACAGGCCCUGCGGUUGAGUUUGUGGACCCUGUGGACAAGGUGCAGGUGUGGGUUGGGGAGACGGCACGACUUUCUUGCUCCUUCAGCUUCUCGGGGCCGACCGCGUCCUGCUGGAUCCACAACAGGAAAAAGGUUGUGGUGGACGGAGAUCGAACUCGCAUCGAGCGCAGCACUAGUGGCAGUGUCUUGACCAUCUCUGAAGUUCUUCCUGUGGACGUAGGAAGCUACACGAUCUUUGUUCAAACUCGACGAGGCAUCGCUGAACAUACAAUUCUUCUCUGCAUUAACGAUCGACCGGAACGCCCCGCGUCGUGUCCGUUCGUGUCCCAGCUGACUCCCAGUUCUUUAGUUCUGUCCUGGAGUGGACCGGGUUACGAUGGUGGUUCACCAAUCGCAGAUUACGUGGUAGAGAUGCAAAGUUUCGGGCCAGCUGAAUCCGGGGACUGGACCGUGCUCACUUCCGAGUGUAAGGACACGACGUACCGGGUCCGCUCGGGCCUUGACGCACAGGGCGAGUACCGCUUCCGUGUACGAGCCUGCAACGCUGUGGGGGUCAGCGAUCCCAGUGAAGAGUCCAACUGCAUCAAGAUGGCUACAGCAGGGGAGCCACAGGAGGAGACUCCUACAGAAGUCGACAUUGUUGUUGACACCAUGCGCAAGGUCAAAGAUUGCUACAACAUCCAUGAAAAAUUAGGAGUAGGGAAGUUCGGCCAGGUGUUCCGACUGACCCAUAAGGAGACGGGUCGCGUGUGUGCCGGAAAGUUCUACCGUGCGAUCGGGUCCAAGGACAAAGAAGCGGCUCGAGAGGAGAUCAAGAUGAUGAAGGAGCUGCGCCAUCCGAAGCUGGUGCAGUGUCUGGGAGCGUUCGACACCCGCUCGGAGAUCACCUUGAUCAUGGAGUACAUUGCUGGCGGGGAGCUUUUCGAACGCAUCGUGGACGAGAAUUUCGAUCACACGGAGCCCAACAGCAUGCAGUAUAUGCGGCAGAUCCUGGAGGGCAUCCUGUAUCUUCACCACAAAAACAUCGUCCACCUCGACCUGAAACCCGAGAACAUAGUGUGCCUCAACACCACCGGGACGCUCAUAAAGAUCAUCGACUUCGGCCUGGCCAGAAAAAUCGAACCUGGAAAGCUUCUUAAGGUGAUGCACGGCACGCCCGAGUUCGUGGCUCCGGAGGUGGUCAACUUCGAGCCUGUGGAUCUGGCGACCGACAUGUGGAGCAUCGGGGUGAUCUGCUACAUCCUGCUGAGCGGAGAGUCGCCGUUUCAGGGGAGUUCAGACGUUGAGACUCUCGCGCUGGUCACCGCUGGAACCUGGGAGUUUGACCUAGAGUUUGAUGACAUCACAGACGAGGCCAAGGACUUUAUCUGCAAACUGCUGAAGAAGGAGAGAGGGAAGCGGAUGUCCUGCGAACAAGCUUUGGCCCAUCCGUGGAUGGCGUCAUCCUCUGGACGAGUCACAAAAACCCUGAACAAAGACAAGAUGCGGCGUUUCCUGGCCAGGCGACGAUGGCAGAAAACCGGUAAGGCCGUGCUGGCGCUGAAGAGGAUGACGCACCUCUCCAACAGAUCGGACGGCUCGGAUUCUCCUCCCAGCCAAGUGAAUGACACGGAUCUGGGGAAGGAGGCCAAAGAGGCUGUUCUGGCUCUGGAGCAGCAGCUGAGGAGCGAGCCGAAUUUCCCACAAGCCCUUCACAACCUUACGGAGCCCUGUGGUGCUACUGUACGCAUGGCCUGCGUCGUCCAAGGUUAUCCCGACCCAGAAGUGGUGUGGCUGCUUGACGACAAGCCUCUGGAGGAGACUGAGCGCGUGCAUAUGGAGUACAAAGAGGACGGGCUAUGUACGCUCACCCUCAUCCGGGUGCAACCGAGGGAUUCUGGGCUGUACAAGAUCCGAGCCACUAACCACCUGGGUCGGGCUCUGUGUUCGGCGAGGCUCACCGUGGCAAACUAGAGGCGUGGGGGGGGAUCUAGAGAGGAAGGUGCGGUUGUGCAGAGCUGCAAUUGUUCAAGAACAAGGGUCCAGCGCAGCCGAAAAAGAACGCUUGAGAAGGAUUAAGGUCUCCGGGUCACGAUGAUCACAAAGGCACUUUGACGCACGAUUCACAUGAUGCUAGAGAGAGACCCUUCUAUCAAUUUUAUUUAAUUUUUUUUCUUCCACUACUAUUAUCACUUAAGGACACGUCUGCAUUAUUAUCUAUCGAGUUAAAUGUUCGCGAUAUACACCGACCACUUUAUUAUUCACCUCUACACCUUGCUUAGGUUCCUGAUUGUAGCACGUCCAUCUAAAAGUUUGACAUUCAUUUCUGCUCACCAUGUUUGCAAAGAAUGAUAUCUUUUUCUUUUUUAAAAAAAAAAAUUUUUCUUGGGUUACCGUAGCCUUCCUGUCAUCUCGCACUAGCACGGCCGUUCUCUUCUGACCUCUGAGAACUUUUUGUUUUGUGGUUUUCGCUCCAUCCUGCUUGGGAAAUACUUUUAAUCCAGCCCCCUUCUGGCACCAACAACCACGCUGACUGUAGCUCUAGAUGUUUUAAACAGUGGGCUCUGCUGCAAUGUGAUUGGCUGAUUGGAGAGGUCCACAAAUGAGAAGGUGUAGAGGUAUUCCUGAUAAAGUGGUCGGUGAAAGGUGUGUGCAUACAUGAAGCUCAUUUUUUAAAAACAUUUUUUUUAAAAUACAUAUAAAACUUUUUGACUCGUAAGCAAUUUGUAAGAUUUUUAAUUUAAUAAAGAAUUUAAUUAACUUAAUGCAUUUUCUCCCUCACCCUGUGAACAGACCAGUAUCCAAUCAUUAGUCAAUUUAAUCAUCCAGUAUUCAUUCCUGCCUUGCACCCAGUAAAUUUUUCAUUGAGCGUCACGUUUCGACUUUGGGCUCGUCCUCUGAUGUGAAACGUCUUCGGGACGAGGAACGAGUUUUGUUUCUUGCGCCAGUAAGGCCUUUUUCCGAAAAGGCUCGGCUCCUCGCUACCCCACGAUUCGAAGGACAUGAUUGAGACGAUAAUACGGAUUUUACAACUCGCUUUAUGAAACGGUUCAUGUUUUGGACAACGCUAAAGUAGAACGUUUCCGAAAGUCUUCGUUUUACCGACCUCGUCGUAGAAAAUCCAGUCAAAAUACAAAGCUAAAGCGGCGAUCGCUGGAAAUCAAGACAUGACUCAGCAGCUCGGUCAGGGGUUAAAGACUGUUCGGUUUCGUUCCUGUUUUACAUGCUGAAACCUGAUUCGGUGUGG